AUGAAUGAUCCUUUAAUUUGGCAAUUUAAUUUAACAAAUGAAAAAGGAAUUAAACCAAAUGUAAUUGCUACAGCAAUACUUUUAUUUAAAAAUUAUGAAUUGGGUGUAGAUGUAGAACCCUUAUGUAAAUCUGAUGAUAAGAAUCUUCUUCAUUUUUGGCUCGAUAAAACCCAAAAUAAAAAAGAAUUGAGCGAAUUAAAUAUUUUAGAUGCCCUUUGUACAAUUUCCCCCAAACACAGCAUUUGCCAAAUCCCCGGUAAUGCAGUAAUGAUUAAAGGAUGUUUAAUUAAUAAUUCUGGUAAUUUGUGUUGGAUAUCGAGUAUUGUUGUUAAUGAAAAGUUAUAUGCUGGAGAAAGAAAAUGUUUAUCCUUAAUUAAUUCUAUCCCUCAAUUACCACAAACAACUACAAUAAUUGGAGGUAAUUUAAAGAAACGGUCAAACCUCACUUUAAGAUAAGCCUCUUUACUAACAAACCUCUAUUUAAGAAGCUUUUUUAAAAUAAUACUGGCCAAUGGAUGAGGAAGUUUUUUCGGCGAUACCCUCUAUUCAAGGAACCCUCGUUAUUAGAUAUAAUUUUUCAAGCCGUAAUGGUUGGGUUUGGCAAAGCCGGAUAUCAGGAUCCGAAAAACCUAAGGUAUCCGAAAUUUUCAGGUCGGAUAUCCAGG